CAACAGUUAAAUUACCAUUGAAAUGGAUGGCACUAGAGAGUAUUCAUGAUGGACUGUUCUCUGAAAAAUCUGAUGUGUGGUCUUAUGGUGUAUUGUGUUGGGAAGUGUUCAGUCUUAGUAGAGUACCUUAUCCUGGUCUAGAUCCAGUAGGAGUAGUGGAGCUACUGGAUACUGGAGGAAGACUGCACACUCCAAAUAAUGAAGCAUGUUCAAAAGAAAUUUACUCAUUGAUGAUGUCUUGUUGGUCUGAGUCUCCUGAUGAUAGGCCAGUGUUCAGUGAUUUAGUAUCAUCAAUCAAUGCACUCAUUGAGCCAUUGGCUGGCUAUCUGGACUUCACUGACAUUAAUUCUUGUGUGGAAAAUGAUAUCAAAGUUUAAUAUGUGUGUGUUACUAUUUUUAAGUGUGCUUAUGUCUGUGUACCAUUGUUUGUGUGUGUAUUAGUGUGAUACCAUUGGAUAUGUGUGUUUUAUCAUUUUUUAUAUUAUUAUAUAGUUUUUAAUGCAAAAAGCAUUUUAAAUUAAU